CUCCUCUAGCUGUGCACAAUGGCAAUGGGCUUCUCCCAAGACCAGGUUGCCUGUGUAUGUGAAGUUCUUCUCCAAAGUGGCUGUAUUGACCGUUUAUCAUCCUUCCUUUGCUCCCUACCCUCCAUCUCCACCUGCUCUUCUUCCUCAUACCUGAGUGCACAGCAGAGCAUGGAGAGUGUUCUGAAGGCAAGGGCAGCAGUGGUUUUCCAUCAGGGUCACUUCAAUGAACUAUACGAGCUUAUCGAGGGGAACAUGUUCUCUCCACGCAGCCACUCGCUUCUUCAGCAGCUCUGGCUCCGGGCCCGCUACCUGGAGGCUGAGCUACAGCGAGGGCGCCCUCUUGGAGCUGUGGGCAAAUACAGAGUGCGUCGCAAGUUCCCACUGCCUCGGACUAUCUGGGACGGAGAGGAAACCAGCUACUGCUUUAAGGAGAAGUCUCGCAGUUUGCUGAGAGAGUGGUACUGUCGGAAGCCUUACCCAUCACCCCGGGAGAAACGAGAUUUAGCAUCAGCAACCGGUCUCACACCCACUCAGGUCAGCAACUGGUUCAAGAACCGACGGCAGAGAGACAGAGCUGCCCAGGGCCGCAAAGAUCAAACAGAAGACGACACAGCCGAGCAGUUGUUGCUCUCCGACAGAGCACCUAGAGGUUCAUUCCACAGGUCUGAUGAUGACCUUUCACCACCUCCGAGCCCCAGCACACUGUUACCCUGCUGUCAGCUCUCAUUAAACCAGCCACCCCCUCUCAGACACCUGGGACCUGUGAACUAUUUUGCCUGUUCAGGGGUGCUGGCGAUGCCGUCAAAUAUUUAG